AUGUUGGUCCACUUCGCUUUGGGUCGCGACGUAACUGUUCCCAAUGGACCACUGUACAGGGUAGCAGGAUUCCCCCUGUCACUACCUUGUGUUGUAUCAGAUUAUGAAGGUCCACGCACCCAAAACUUCGAAUGGUUCCUGUACCUGGACAAUGCUGAUGACAGGCAGAUUGGAGUAGUGUCCACAAAGGACCCAGGAUUCCCCUAUGCACCCUUUCAGGGUCGCGUGAAGUCUGGUGAGGUUCGAGUCGAGAGAGACUCGGACAACAACGUGAGACUUGUCAUCCAAAGGCUCCGCCUUGAGGACCGAGGACGUUACGAGUGCUACACUCCAACCACUGAUUCACGAUACCUGGGCAAAUACAGUGCUUCUGUGGUGGUUAAAGUGAUUCCAGAUACACUUCUGAUAAGCCACACCCACACAUUGAGUAGCCAGCCAAUGGCAGAAGGCUCAGAGCUACAGCUUACUUGUGCAGCUUCCGUCCAAUCAGAACAACACACCCACCUGUCCAUUACUUUUGGCGUGAGGGCAACUUCUUUGUCUGGUUCUGAAUUAGGGGGACACAAUGUGAGGGAAAUUAUUGCUAUUGACCAUGAACUCAGGGUGAACCCAGGACGCAGUGGCACGUUUGAGAAACGUUAUAGAGAUGGAGGGAUCUCUCUGGAGAAGAGAAGAGGAGAUGGAGGAAUGGAUUUAUACGUCAUGAGAAUGAACGCACUGACCCCAGUGGAUUCAGGGUCCUAUUACUGUGAGACAUCUCAGUGGAUUCUGGACCCAGAUGGAAGCUGGGAGAGGAUUGCUCAGAGGACUCUGGAGCUGGGAAACCUCACAGUCAAACCUUUGGCUGAUGCUCUUCAGGUCAGUGCCAUGCCACAGGGAGAGGUCAUUCUUCCUGUGGGCUCUCCGCUCAGUUUGACAUGUGAGCUGUCUGGAGUGGGCUCCCUGAAUCGCUCUGCGGUACUGGUACGGUGGCUAAGAAGGGGGUCGCUAGUCUCUGACGGGCUCUUGGGUGGGGCAGAAGUGGAGGUUGGUAGGAUUGGCCCGGAUGGAGUGGUGCAAUGGGGGAACUGGGGCGAUGACAUCAGCCGUGGGAGAGUGGGUGCCAUUGAGAAGGAAGCUGAAGGGAGGUACACUUUACGCCUUUUUUCAGCCCGUGCCAGUGACUCAGGGACUUACACAUGUGUUGCCAGCAUUUAUAGAGGGACCCAGAACCCUGGGCCACGGGAUCCUCCCUCUAUCAGUCAGAGAUCUGAUGGAGUGACCUUUAAUCUGAGGACAAAAGGGGUCAGAGUGUCUGCAACUAUUGAGUUGCCACGGAGACCACUCCUGAAGCGUGGUAGCACGGUCACCGUGCUCUGUAACGUGUCUGUGACCACCACGGGCCCCUCGCAAGUUGAAGUGCAGUGGCUGCGGAAGAACAUGGAACCUGAGCGGACAGAAGACAAAUUUCUAGAAGGGGAAGAACAUCUUGUGGCUGUGCUGAACCACCAGGGUUUGUCCCAUCUGAACAGCAGUGGGAGUGAGAUCAGUGUGGACUGUGUGGCCCCAGGCUGCUACAGGCUACGAGUCUUCUCUGCGCAGAUGGAGGAUCAAGGCCACUACCAGUGUAAGGCUGAGGUGUGGAAGCAGGACUCACAUGGAGACUGGUACAACACCGGGACAAGAGCCAAGUCCAACACUGUCCGAGUUUACCUUUAUGCUCAAGCGGCAGACCUCCUUCUUAUUCCCCUGGUGGUUGGUGUGUCCUCUGCCCUCUUUAUAGGAGUCAUCAUUAUUGCUACGGUAACAUGCUGCUUUAUGAAUCGAUUGGCCAGACAGCGCUCACAGAAGUAG